AUGAAGAUUACCACCUUCCUCACGACCCUCGUCGUCCUAACCCCAACCGUCUUUGCUCGAUGCCUCAUCCUCGGCUCGGGCAACGGCCAAACUUGUCCCCUGACUGCUACUGUCAUUACGUGCGAUCUUGGAAGCACCCCUGGUCUCUUUAGUUGCAAACAAAUUCCACAGACGACUUCGUAUUGCUGCCUUACCGCUCAAUAA